UGUUCCAUAAUUUGAGCAUUGUUAUUUGAUUGUUGUUCUUCCUUUGUUCGAAUUUUUUUUUUUUUUUUUUUUUGAAGAAUCAUCAAGAAUAUUUCACCGCCAACAAUAUAACAAAAUAUGCUCAAUGUUCAACAACAACAACAACAACAACCACCACCACCACCACUAACGCCGCGUACGGCACAACAGCUACAAAAUUUGAUUGAUUUCGAACAAAAUGAUUCCGGCUAUAUUGGUCUAUUCUUAAGACAUCGACAAAAUUUCGAAUGGUUUGAUAAUGAUUUUAAUCGUCAAAUUCAUUAUGAACUUAAUCCAAAAUUAUUUGCCAUCAAUGAACCAUAUCUAAUGAAAACAGAACGUGAUUCAUUGAUGAAGUUAAAAAAAUUGGAUGAAGAAUCAAUCACCAUUGAUGAUAAGAAAAAACCAAAUGGAACAUUACGGAAAAGGAAAAAAAAUUUGGACAAAAAAUUGGCUCUUUUGGAUGGUAAUUUUGGUUCAACAGAAGAAAAAUUGAUGGUCACUAAUUUGAUUGAAAAAUAUCUUAUCAUUGACAACGAUUGCAGUGGUAGCGGUGGUGGUGGCGGGAAAAAGAAUGCAAAAAAAACAUUGCUUAAAUCGAUCAAUCUAAAGGAAAUGAAUUCCAAUCUUGAAGCUCAAUCAUUUGUAGAUUCAUUAUUCUGUAAUCGUUUUGAAUCACUCAAUUAUCGUACUAAAUUACUUUGUAAUCCAUUCUCCAAAACAAUCAAAACUAAAUUUGGUCUUUCGAAUUUUCUUAUUCCACCACGAUGUUCAUUUGCCGGUAUCGAUGUUAUUGAUGGUGUUAAAAUGUUGACCCGUUAUCUGAAACGAACAUCGAUCGAUACGACCAGUUCAUCCAAAUCAUUAAUAUGUACGAAGAAUCCAUUCAUAUUUAUCAUGGAUCCAGCAUGGGAUAAUAAUAAAUCUGUAAAAAGAAAACGUACAUAUGAAACUGUUAGUCUUGAUUAUAUGAGACGUCUUUGUCAAGAAUCAAGAAUUCUUUUGGACAUAAUUGACAGUCUAAAGCAAUCAUGUCCUAAACAGAAAAUGUUGAAAAAAACAUCAUCAUCAUCAUCAUCAUCGAUUGUUUGUGCUAUUUGGACAACAAAUCUGGACAAAGAUUUUGUUAUUGAUGAAAUGUUACCAUUAUUAAAUCUACGAUUAUCACAUGUACUAAAAUGGCAUAAAGUAACCAAAAUUGGUCUUCCGGUCAAAGUACAUGGUGGACAAGAAUAUCUAAUUUUGGCAACGAAAUCAUCAAAAAACAAUAAUAAUGAUGAUCAAAAAUCAUCGAUGAAUCAUAAUAAUAAUAAUAAUAAUCAACAUCAAAACGGUAUAAUUGUAUCGAUACCAUCGGCCAUACAUUCACAUAAACCAAGUAUAUUGCCAAUCAUUCAUCGUUUGUUUGAUUUCAAUCAUCAUAAUGAUUCAGCUGAUGUUCAUCAUGAUCUAACAUUACAUUGUUCAAUGUCUAUGUCGAAAUGUUCGAAUGUUGAAGCUACAGCCACCGCUAUUAAAAAUGAUGAUAAUGAUUCAAAUAAUCAUUAUUGGCUAGUUGCCAAUGAAUUUAUCAAUUAUCUUUGUGGUAUUGAAUUGUUUGCCCGUUAUUUACAAACAGGCUUUCAUUCAAUCGGUUAUGAAUGUAUUAAAUUACAGAAUGAAAAAUUAUUUGGACAUAAUGAUGAUUGUUGAUUGACUAACGGAUUUCAGGUGUUUGUAUGGUGCCUACAUGAUGUAUUCAUUUAUUCAUUCAUUCAUUCAUUCAUAUAAUAACUGUACGUUUGAUUUACGAUUAUUGAUUAAUAAAAUUUUUGUUGAUUUCU